AUGGCCGAUGAAUUUCCAGCCGGGACCAUCUUCUCGCCGGCGGCCACCAAUUCCUCGCCGUGUUCCAUCGGCAACUGCACCUUCUUGAUUGAUUCAACCAUUCCAUCGGCUUCUAAUUGGAACCAAAAUUUUCUUGGAGCAAAUGAUGGACAAAGAGUUGACAGCACUUUAAUGGUGGAUUCAAUGACGGGCACAAAAUUAAAUUAUGAUCACCAAGAAAUUACUAGUGGAUCCGAGAAGCAACAAAAUCCUUACAUUUUCAAGUUCUCCGAUGAUCACGAUUCUUUGUUUUUUAUGGAACAACCUUAUAAUCAAACCCCUCCAAGGUUUUACGAUAAUAAUGUCACAACUACAAGCCAAGGGUUACCAAUGCCUUUCCCUUUUGAAACCAUUUCCAUUGGGUAUACUCCAACGUUGUUGCCAAGUUCAUUGGAUCAACCAAAACAAUUUCUUGUCAACAACCGGACCAUUAAUAAUAGUUGUUCCUUAACAAAUUCAGAGGAGUUGUCUUGUCGCCCUAUGUUUCAAACCCACUUGUUACAUCCUCCACCCCUCAAUUUCUCCAAUGGAAUUAGACCCAAAUGCCUAACCAAGCUUAUGGGUUGUGACAAAGUUGAAGAUUGGAAUAGGGUUGAGAGGCAAAACGAAAGUAAAGAAAUUGCAAUAAUCAAAAGGCCAAGAAGUGACAAUAUGCCAUCCCCAUUACCCACUUUUAAGGUUCGAAAAGAGAAACUUGGCGACAAGAUCACAGCCCUUCAACAACUUGUUUCCCCUUUUGGAAAGACGGAUACUGCAUCAGUUCUACAUGAAGCAAUUGAGUACAUCAAGUUUCUUCACGACCAAAUUCGUGUUUUGAGUACUCCAUAUAUGGAAAUUGUAGACCACAAUCAAGAGCCAAAGAUCAUAAUUAAGGAAGAAUUGAAGGAUCGCAAGAAGGAGAAUACGAAAGAAGAUCUAAGAAGUAGAGGACUUUGUCUGGUGACAGUUCCAAGUACAGUUGCAUUUGCAAAUGGCAAUAUACUUGAUUUCUGGUCUCCCACAUUUGGAGCAACUUUUAGAUAA